UAGCAUUUCCCAGAUGCCCCUGUACUUCCGCUUUCCAUCGCAGAACCAAAACAAGAUGCGAUAGUCCAACUCCACAAAGAGCUGUGAUCAGUAACAGCGAUUACCUGAGACAAGUGACAGCUCUCGUAUUCGAAUGGUAUUUUCUGAAAUUGACGUGUUGAAAGUGAAACCAUGCAGUUUUCUCCAAACAACGGAGACUUUACAUUCGUCUCCUCGACAGAGGCGCAAGAGCUCAGUGGCACAAUCACUGCCCCUGAUAUUAAACUGAAUUUGGGCGGUGACAGUGGUAAAGACCCAUAUGCCACUGCCUUCCUGAGGCAGCGAGGGUAUGGUUGGCUCCUGGAGGUGGAGGAAGAUGAUGGCGAGGAGAGCAAACCUCUUCUAGAUGAGCUGGACAUUGACGUAAAGGACAUCUAUUACAAGAUUCGCUGUGUCCUUAUGCCAAUGCCGUCGUUGGGUUACAACAGACAAGUGGUCAGAGAUAACCUGGACUUCUGGGGCCCUCUUGCUGUGGUGCUGCUCUUCUCCAUGAUCUCUAUCUACGGACAGUUUAGGGUUGUUUCCUGGAUCAUCACCAUCUGGAUAUUUGGAUCACUCACAAUUUUUCUCUUGGCUCGUGUUCUUGGCGGUGAGGUUUCCUACGGUCAGGUCCUUGGAGUGAUUGGAUAUUCCCUUCUUCCGCUAAUUGUUAUAGCCCCUUUGCUUCUUGUGAUUGGAGGUUUUGAAGUGGUUUCUACCUUCAUCAAAAUCAGAUGUGCACAACGAUCAGGAUGACUUUUGGACCAUUCCUGUUUACAAAACCAUUGCAGUUCAACAAGUUUCCUGGGAUGUCUGUUGUGAAUAGCUCUCUUGAGGUCAUGCAACAGGAUCUCCGUCGGGUUGAGGUUAAGACUUUGACUUGGGCAUUCGUCUUUGUUUUGUUAUAAACAAAAGAAAAAAACAGCGCUCAAAGGUCCAAAUAUAAUUCCAAUUCUAUCAAUAUAAAUUGUAAAUGUCAACUUGGACUGUGGCGGCACGGUGGUUGACUGGUUAGCACAUCUGCCUCACAGUUCUGAGGACCCGGGUUCAAAACUGGCCUCGCCUAUGUAGAGUUUACAUGUUUUCCCGGUGCCUGCGUGGGUUUUCUCCGGGUACUCCGUUUUUUUCCUCCCACAUCCCAAAAACAUGCAUGGUAGGUUCAUUGAGGACUCUAAAUUGUUCGUAGGUGUGAAUGUCACUGUGAUUGGCUGGCGACCAGUCCAGGGUGUACGCCGCCUCUCGCCCAAAAAUAUCUGGGGACCCUGGGAUAAUGAAUGACUGAAUGAAUUUGGACUGUUGCUUGCUCAUUUUUCUAAUUUAAAGGCUCUAUCAAUUAUACUUUGGUAACUUCCUAAAUGCAUAAAUAAACUUCAUGAGUGGGUAAAUGAAUAACUGGUGGUGUGACUGUACAACCCCAAUUCCAAUGAAGUUGGGACGCUGUGUUAAACAAAUAAAAACAGAAUACAAUGAUUUGCAAAUCAUGUUCAACCUCUAUUUAAUUGAAUACACUACAAAGACAAGAUAUUUAAUGUUCAAACUGAUAAACUUGAUUGUUAUUAGCAAAUAAUCAUUAACUUAGAAUUUUAUGGCUGCAGCACGUUCCAAAAAAGCUGGGACAGGUGGCAAAAAAGACUGAGAAAGUUGAGGAAUGCUCAUCAAACACCUGUUUGCAACAUCCCACAGGUGAACAGGCUAAUUGGGAACAGGUGGGUGCCAUGAUUGGGUAUAAAAGGAGCUUCCCUGAAUUGCUCAGUCAUUCACAAGCAGAGAUGGGGUGAGGUUCAACUCUUUGUGAACAAGUGCGUGAGAAAAUAGUCGAACAGUUUAAGGACAAUGUUCCUCAACGUACAAUUGCAAGGAAUUUAGGGAUUUCAUCAUCUACGGUCCACAAUAUCAUCAAAAGGUUCAGAGAAUCUGGAGAAAUCACUGCAUGUAAGCGGCAAGGCCGAAACACAACCUUGAAUGCCCAUGACCUUCGAUCCCUCAGGCGGCACUGCAUCAAAAACCGACAUCAAUGUGUAAAGGAUAUCACCACAUGGGCUCAGGAACAUUUCAGAAAACCAAUGUCAGUAAAUACAUUUCGGCGCUACAUCCGUCAGUGCAACUUAAAACUCUACUAUGCAAAGCAAAAGCAAUUCAUCAACAACAACCCAGAAACGCCGCCGGCUUCUCUGGGCCCGAGCUCAUCUAAGAUGGACUGAUGCAAAGUGAAAAAGUGUUCUGUGGUCCGACGAGUCUACAUUUCAAAUUGUUUGGGGAAAUUGUGGACGUCGUGUCCUCUGGGCCAAAGAGGAAAAGAACCAUCCGGACUGUUAUGGGCACAAAGUUCAAAAGCCAGCAUCUGUGAUGGUAUGGGGCUGUGUUAGUGCCAAUGGCAUGGGUAACUUACACGUCUGUGAAGGCACCAUUAAUACUGAAAGGUACAUACAGGUUUUGGAGAAACAUAUGCUGCCAUCCAAGCAACGUCUUUUUCAUGGACGCCCCUGCUUAUUUCAGCAAGAAAAUGCCAAACCACAUUUUGCACCUGUUACAACGGCGUGGCUUCGUAGAAAAAGAGUGCGGGUACUAGACUCGCCUGCUUGCAGUCCAGACCUGUCUCCCAUUAAAAAUGUGUGGCGCAUUAUGAAGCGUAAAAUACGACAUCGGAGACCCCGGACUGUUGAACAGCUGAAGCUGUACAUCAAGCAAGAAUUGGAAAGAAUUCCACCUACAAAGCUUCAACAAUUAGCGUCCUCAGUUCCCAAACGUUUAUUGUGAUGUAACACAGUGGUAAACAUGAUCCUGUCCCAGCUUUUUUGGAACAUGUUGCAGCCAUAAAAGUUAAUGAUUAUUUGCUAAAAAUAAUAAAGUUUCUCAGUUUGAACAUUAAAUGUAUUGUCUUUUUCGUGUAUUCAAUUACAUAUACCGUAAUUUCUCGUGUAUAACGCGCAUUUCCCCCACAAAAAAUUGUCAAAAGUCAGUGCUGCGGAUUAUUCAUAGGUAAAGGGGAAAAUGUAAAACAAACUUUCCCAUUUUAUAAAUGUAUGCCGCCAUCUAGAGGUUAUGAAAAAUCUGUACACUUUUAUCCCAAAAUGCCACCGCCGCCUAGAGGUUAUGAUGAAGGUGUACACUUUCAUUCUCAUAUGGCACUGCCACCUAGUGGUUAUAAAAAAGGUGUAGCCUACACUUUCAUUCCAAUAUGACAGGGGUACGUAUGACUGCAUAUAUGUACAGUUGUGCUCAUAAGUUUACAUACCCUGGCAUAAUUUGUGAAAUAUUGUUGUUGUUUUUUAAUAUGACUGAUGACUGAACAACCAUCAUCGUUAAUUUCUUUAUGGUUAUGUUUUGUUUAAUGCUAAUGCUUUUCUAAAAUGCUUGACCAUCUCAUUUGAAUCCCAUUUAAAUCAAAUUAAAUGUGUUUUGCCUGGCCUUUGCUGUUUUCUUUCAAGAAUUGUACACAUCUUACAAAUUCUGCUUCGGUAAUCAAACAUGAGCACAACUGUGUGUUUUCUCAUUUACUUAUUAAAAGUAGGGCUGUGACCUUUCAAAAUAAGAGCAAGUAAAUAAAAAGAAAGUAUUACGUGUUCAAAUAAAGUGAUUCACUUCAGAAUAAUUAUUUGAAAAAAACUAACAACAAACAGAUAAUACUUCAUGUUUUGAUCAUAUGGGCAGAAGCAAAAUCAUGCAUUGUAAAAAUUCCAGAAUUUUGGGGGUGCGUAUUAUACACGAGAAAUUACGGUAGGUCGAACAUGAUUUGUAAAUCAUUGUAUUCUGUUUUUAUUUAUGUUUAACACAAAGUCCCAACUUCAUUGCAAUUGGGGUUGUAAAUUAGCUAGCUUACUUUAGCAGGUGUAUCAGUGCGAUGCGAAUGUUGGAUGCAGUGUGUUUCUAUAUCACCAGUCAAGCGUCGCACUGUCUCUUUGGGCAAGGGGAGUUAGUCAGAGGUCAGACGAACUGGGUCCUCCACCAUCGAUCGCCACCAUGAGUGUAAAAGUCUUGCUCUUUUUUUUGUUUUCCCCCUACGGACAGUCUCUGAUCCAAUGUCUAUCCAAUGUCCAUUCUUCCGAUAACGGAAGCAUCUUCUACACCCUCCGCGUCCCCUGCCUUGUCCAACCCCUCGACCUCCUCAAAUCUGGUUCAGCGAUGCUUUGUUGUCCAUGAGGCUGUCGUCGCUUGCAUUUGCAGUUUGCCAUUUCUGAUGUUUGAUGAUAGUGCAUUCUGCAAGGCCAGGUGGUCUGGGAGGGAGGCAGCUGCUCUUGUGAGGUGUUUCUGCAGGCUGUGUGAGGAGAUGAGUGGGCCGCAGAAGUGUAGGCUAUGCUGUGGGUCGCAGGAUGCGGUUGUAUCUUGGUCUUCUUUCAGAUGGCACUCUCUAUGAUUUUUGUCAUGGGGUGGUGAUUUGUAGAGGUUAAUGUGGAACCCAGCUCGCAACCACGACCUGACAUUCUCCCCAAGGUCAACGCGGACAGAUUAGAGCACAGGCCAGACACAGUUAACAGUAACAUGGCCUACAUGUAAUUUUUGUCAGAAAGCUUCUGUCCCUUUUUCGCAUCUAAUUCCAAGUUAACCACAUUUACAGACAUGUACUGUUUAUCUCUAUUUUCUUUUCUUAAAAUGUCGUAUACCAUAGAGAGUAAUUAUUUUUUCUCUUACCCUAUUGCUCUUGGUAUUGCUCCACCUCCCAGUGCACCCUAACAUGACAGGUUCUCCUAAACUGUUGGAAGUGCUCCACUUUUUUACAAUUGUUUGGAGGACAGUACAGGUCUGUUUGGAUCCUGAGGUGAUAGCCGACAUCUAAAGUCAUUCUGUGUGUUGUGGAUCAUUGUCCUGUUGCAAUACCCAUCCUCUUUUGAUCUUCAACUGUUGGACAGAUGACCUCAAGUUCUUCUUCAAAAUAUCUUGAUAAACGUUUGAAUUCAUUUUUCCAUUGUUCCCGAGAUAGCAAAGGACACCCAUACCAUGAUACUCCCUCCACCUUGCUUCACAGUUGGGACAAGAUUUUGAUCUUGGUGUGCUGUGCCAUUUUUCCUCCACACGUGGCAUUGUGUGUUCUUCCCAAACAGUUCAACUUUAGUUUCAUCUGUCCACAGAAUAUGUUUUAUUUAGAUUUUGAAUAUUUUGCCAGUAGUGCUGUGGAACAUGGUGGUGGUGCAGAAAAUAUGUGUACGGCCUGGAACCAGGGGGUUGCCGGUUCGUAUCCCCCCCCCCCCCCCCCCCCCCCCAGCGUAUUUUGUCGUUGUGUCCCUGUGCAAGACACACAACUCAAAUUGCCUGCAAAGGAAUUUAGUUGGAUGUUUGGUGGUGGUUGGAAGGGCUGUAGGCGCAGACUGGGAGACACGCUUCUGUCAGACUGCCCCAGGGCAGCUGUGGCUACACAAGUAGCUUACCACCACCAGUGUGUGACUGUGGAUUGAAUGAAUAGUGCAAGCAAUUGUAAGGUGUGUUAGAGUGCCUAGAAAAGUGCUAAAUAAGUGUAAUGCAUUAUUAACAUCCAAGUGCUCUUUAGCAAAUUUCAAAUGUGCGGCAAUGUUUUUUAGACAGCAAUGGCUUCCUUCUUGAUGUUUUCCCAUGAACCCCAUUCUUGUUUAAUGUUUUACCUAUGGUAGGUUUGUCAGUAGAGAUGUUGGCAUGUGCCAGUGAUUUCGCCAAGUCCUUAGCUGACACUCUAGGGUUCCCGUUUUUUUUUAAAUUUAUCCUCACUGUGCUCUUGUAGUCAUCUUUACAGAAUGGCCACUCCUUAAAAGAGAAGCAACAGUAUUGAACUUUCCCCAUUUAUAGACAAUUUGUCUUACCGUGGACUGAUGAACAUUAAGACUUUUAGAAAUACUUUUGUAACCUUUUCCAGCUUUAUCCAAGUUUACAUAUAAAUUCCUGACAUCAACCCGAUGGAGAGGCUGUAGAAUGACCUUGAGAGCUAGAUAGACCCGCUAUCCCAGGAAUCUUGCUGAACUGCAUUACUUUUGUAAAGAGGAAUGGUCCAAAAUUCAUUCUCUUAUGUCCAAUCUGCAACUACAGGAAACAUUUGGUUGAGGUUAUUGCUGCCAAAGGAGGCUCAACCAGUUAUUAAAUCCAAGGGUACACUUUUUCCCCUCCGUCCUGUGUGAAUAUUUACAUUUUCAAUAAAAAUAUGUCAUUGUUUGUGUGGUAUUAGUUUAAGCAGACUCUGCUUGUUUAUUUUGUGAUUUAGAUGAUUAGACUAAAUUUGAUGACCAAUUUAUGCAGACGUUUAAGAAAUUACCAAGGGUUUUUCCUUCCACUGUAAAUUGAUCUCUCAUCAGCUGCCUGACCCCCCUAAACAAAACGAAAAAAAGUCUCACACACACACCAGUAUUUGUGUUGACGUGUGGCUUUCAAGGGUGUGGCCUACUGAGUAACAUCAGGAACUCUGACUCAGCUCUGGUUGGCCAUUUAACAAGCCGUAAUUCAGUGUGUCUUCUACAUGCUCCUUGUGUCUGUUGUCUUUUGAUAUUUGCGUACUUUACACAAUAUGGGGUGUACCUACCUGUACAGUCCACAGUAAUGAGAUCAAGUACAACUGAAUCUAAAAUUUACCCUUUUCAAAGAUAAUACUGCCUAGUUCUGGUUAACACUUGUCAGUUUUUCCUCUCAUGAUACUCAAAAACGUUUGUAAUAUUUUGACUGUUUAGUGAGAUGAAAGGGACUAAACAUUAGGAACACCUCUCAGUAUGUUCAAGUGCUGCCUUAUGUUUCUAAAUAACAUAAAUAAAUAUAUUGAUUAUUA